UAUCGGCAGUAUUUUGGCGCUCUAGCUAAGGUCACACUUGUGUUAUUGUUAUCCGCAAAGUCCAGAAUUUUUAUCAAAAUAUUUAGUUAUUAAAAAAAUGAGAAGCAGAAAGCGUUAAACGCAUUGUCUGGCUCAAGUCCAACUAACCCCUUUAAUGCAAUAACAACCAAAGACAUUAUUUUAAACUAAAUUUUAUGUGAGCAAAAAAAAAACCGCGUGAAAAGAUUGCAACUUUUUGGAUAUUGGAAUUUUAGUCCUAAAAAUUUUUAAAUAUUAAUAAGAUCUGAUACUGGGAAUGCUUAGCAUUAAUAUCAGCACCGAAAACUGUUGAUUACAAAAGUUUUCUUGAUUUUGGAAUAAUAUUUUAAUGUGUAAGCACGUUAAAACAACAAUAAAAAAAUUGCACAAUUAAAAGAUGUCGGACUCAAUGAUAGUUUGUGUGAGCGACUAUUGGCAGCGUUGUCACUUUCUGAAUCGUCCAGAUCGGCAGGCUGGAGACUCCUGUCACAAUGGGAAAACCGUGCGCAGGCUGGUGAUCCAGCUGGACGCCAUCAAUGGCAACUAUUACCUUCGGGAGAUGGUGCAGCAGACCGCCCUGGCCGAUCGAUUAAAGCGCGUCCAUGGAGUGCAGCUGGUUUGGCUUCAGUUCCACCCGCCGGAGAGGGACACCAUCGACUACAAGUGGGCGGACAUGCUCGCCCAUACCUUGUGGGAGCACAUCGAGGUGGAGCACCUCAUGUCCUGGCUGUCCACCCUGGGCGGUGGCUUCUCAGCCCUUGGAGAGCAGUUCGGGAAAUGUGCUGAAACCGCUGGCAAGAUCUCUUUGCAGCAACUGAAGAUUGGAAUGCGAUUGGGGGAUCCCUUUUUGCAGGCCCGCUGCAAGCUCUACUACAGCAUCUCGCUAAUCCAGCGCGGCCACCUGCGCUCCGCCAAGCAUCUCAUCCGGCAGCAGUACGCCUUCGCCAGGCACCACGUCGAGGCGGACGGUCGGCUGGUGCGGAUGUGCCAGGGCAUUUGGUUGCGGCUACAGUACGAGUACGAGCAGCGGAGAAUCCAAAAGAAGUUAGCUUAAGACCCAAUGGGAUGGAUGGAUGAAUCGACAAUUAUUAAAAUGAUAUUGCCAGCUGGCGGCUG